AAGCAAAGAUCACUGUUAUCAAACAAUCAACAAUGCCUUCUUUGAAGAACUUCUCCGCCGCCGAGGAAGAGGACGACCAACUGGGUCUGAACUCAGAAGCUGCCAGAUUCAAUCCCGAAGCUGUGGAGAAAGAAGAAGAUCCGGAUAAAAUGGAUGAGAAGGACGAAAGUGGAGAUGAGGGAGACGACGUGAAACGUGACCAAGUAGAAGCAGAGGUUGAGGAAGCGUUAGGAGAAGAAGAAGUUUCAGAUUCUAAGGAAAGAAGUCAAGCUUCUUCAGAAGGAGAGCAAUCAGAAUCAGAAUAUUUGUAUGUUGAUCUAGCGGAUAUCCGUAGGGACGUGCAAUGCUCCAUAUGUUUAGGGAUUAUAAGGAAAACAAGGACUGUGAUGGAAUGUCUCCACCGGUUUUGCAGAGAGUGCAUUGAUAAGUCAAUGAGAUUGGGGAACAAUGAGUGUCCUACUUGCAGGAAACAUUGUGCAAGCCGACGUUCUUUAAGAGACGACCCAAACUUUGAUGCCUUAAUAGCAACUUUAUUCGAAAAUAUUGAUCAAUUUGAGGAGGAGGAAAUGGCUUUUCUUCAAGAUGACGAGGCUCGUAAUAAGCAGAUUCAAGCAUCUAUAGCUCAAGUAUCGCAACGACAAUCUGAGGCCCUUGCAAAAAGAAAGCCUUUUGGUAAAGACGCAGCGGUCUUAUCAAGAUCACGUCGUAGUGGUAGUGGCUCCAGAAGAAGAAGGAACUGCAGAAAUUUGGAACAGGAUACAUCAGAAGCCCAUGAUGAUGAUGAUCAAAACAAAAGAGGCAAAGAUUCUUCUUCAGAUGAGCCUUGUGCCGAAAUCCUUCUGAGGAAACGAAAAAAGCGCUCUACAACUCAGCCUUCUUCUUCAAAUGCAAACAACAACGAUAACUGUGCAGGUAAUGGCACAGAGCAGACGCAUCAGAGGGACAGCAGAGGAAUAUCACCUGUGCUUAUGUGGAACUCAGAAAUACUUGCAUGGGGAAGAGGCGGUACAAGGAGUAACACAAGGCAAGGAAAUAAUAACCAAGGAGCUAUUAGUAAGAGGAAUGCUCGCUUGAAUAGACUUGUGGAAUAUCUCGGGAGCUUAGAGGGUAAUAGUGUCGAGUUGGAUAUUCAUCUUAAGCUUAUCUCGCUGGAUACAGAAGGUUUACUAAACUUACUUGAGCCAUAUCUUUGUUGCCGGCCCACUUUGCUAGUAAAACAACUCCGCGAAUAUGUGGCACGCCAGAUGAAAUUGAAGGCUGAAGAGGUUGAAUUGUUUGUGUCUAAAGAUGGGGAUAGGGUAAUUGGGAAUAAAACCUCAACAGAGAAGAUGCAAAGUCUGCAAGAUGAUGAAACCUUGUCAAAGCUAAAAGUUGAUUGCAUUUUGAGCCAUGGAUAUAUGAUUGUAGCGUUCCGGGACAAGCGAAUCGGAUAGAAGAGGUUGAAGCAAGUGAUUCAAACAGUGUGAAUGAAUUAGACUGAUAUGC